AAUGUUUGACCUUUUUUUUUUUGUAUAGUUCCUUAAAUGUGCUGAGAAUAUUCCAAAGCCAAGCAACUAUCCUGCACCAUUCACAGAAAGUGAAGGAAAGGUUGUAUGCAAAUAACAUAGGCCAACCACACUCUCACCAAGCUCUAAGAAACAUGGUUCUCAGAACGUUAUGUGCUACCUGGGUAGGGACUUAAAAACAAAAAUCCAUUCUUCUCAUUAAUAGGAAAUCACAAAAGGCCAAAAUACUGAAUUAUUUCCUUUUAUCCUGCCAUUAGUUUAAACAGCACUGAUCUGAUUUCCCAAACACCAUUGCGGUAUUAGGAGAGAUUCUUCUCACUGUUAUUGCUGACCUGAACUGCACAUGAUGUAUGUUUGAAGGGUCCCUUGUAGUACUUUACAUUGACAAACUAUACAUCUUUUGUUUUUACUUAUAGUUGUAUGUAGCCAUAAUGUUGUUACAACACAUGUUUUCCUAUUUUGUUGUGACGCUAUUUGUAGAUACUGUGGGCAGACGCCUGCUAUAGGCUACAACUGCGAAAUUAGUCAUUACAUUUUUUAUGUUUUAACCAGAUUAGGGAGGCUACUUUUUCUUACUUAUGAAAAUUCGUCAUGAGUAAGGUAGCUUUUGUAAAUAAUUAUAGAUCGUUCAUAAAUCAGAGUAUGUUGAACUUCUUUCAAUAAAUGCGACCGAUUCUUAUACAGUGAAAUUCUCUCUCAAUUCAAAGGGCUUUAUUGACAUGGGAAACAUGUUUACCUUGCCAAAGAAAGUGAAAUAGAUCACACAAUUUAGAUAAAAAAGUAACAGUAAACAUUACACUUAAAGUUUCAAAGGAAUAGAGACAUUUCAAAUGCCGCUAUGUCUCUCUCCCUCUCUUUUCGCGAGGGUGCAUGCAUGUGUAUGUAGAGAGCGAGAAGGCGCAAGGUGUUGCAGUUGCACUUGGUUGUGCAAUCCGACACGCCUGAACGGAAUUGUUUAUUGCGCAUAGCCAGUAUUUCCAUUUUUUUGCCGCGUACGGGUGAAGUCACUACCAGUCCAGUAGGCUAUUUAGGGAUGAGUACAUUGUGCUCUUCCGCGGAUAUAUUGAACUGUUGGAACUGCUGACGUUCUAACUUGUCUUUUAUUCUGAUUUAAAGUAUUAUUGUCAGUGAUGUAUACAUUUAAGAGCAUCUCUUGAAACUCACGAGGCAAUUCAUGCAAUAUUUUUCAGUUUUCUAUUGGUAGAGCAGGCGUGUGUUGAAUGAAAGGAGUUAAAUUCAUUAUUUGGACAGUUCCAUGGUGCUGAAAGGAUUGCUCAUAUUUCACUAAGCAGCAAUGGGUAAGUGACCACCAAUGAAACCCAUAAAGAUACAUAUUUCUAUUUCAUGAAAGUUUAUGGUGCUUUGAAGCUUUGUUACAUAAAACUCCUUGAUGCUUGCUUUUCUUAUGCAGUGUACAACCAGUAUUGCAUUAUAUAGGGUUUAUAAUGAGGGGUAGUUUGGCUGCUCUAAAACCCAACAAAAGAUUGGUCACUGAGUAAUAUACCUGCCCUUUUAUAUAUUUAUGAAUAUGCAUUAUACAUUAUUGAGCUCAUAAGUGGUAUGAAAUGUGAAAGUUAUUCAGUGUAUGUUCUGUUUCUAUGCAUUUAUGUCUUAGAAAGACCCAUCACCCAUAGUUGAUAGGAUUUUCACUUCACAGAAUGCCACAAAAAAAUAAAAAUCUGCCUGAAAUAUCAAUCUGUCAUGGACAUUGCACAGUGACAGGGCACACAUGCUGAAAUGGAGGUGUGCUUUGGUAGCCCCAUGCACUCAAAUCUCUUCUCAUCUACAGGUUCCCUAGUUUGGGAUAGGCAUCUUUCAUGUCUUCUUCUCCUGUCAUCUUUUCUUCUGCUGUUCAGCAAGGGGGAGAGGAUGUGCCCAGCAAGUUGUCGCUGUGAAGGGAAGAUUGUUUAUUGCGAGUCUGGCAUCUUUCAAGAUAUCCCAGAAAACAUCUCUACUGGAUGUCAGGGUCUGUCCCUGCGCUACAACAGCCUACUGACUCUGCUGCCUUACCAAUUCGCUCAUCUCAACCAGCUCAUCUGGCUUUACCUGGACCACAAUUCCAUCACUGCCAUAGAUAGCUUAGCCUUUCAGGGUGUGCGUAGGCUCAAAGAACUGAUUCUCAGCUCUAACAUAAUUACACUUCUACAAAAUAAGACUUUCAAUGCUGUACCAAACCUGCGUAAUCUUGAUUUGUCCUACAACCAGCUACAGUCUCUGCAGCCAGGUCAUUUCUAUGGUCUGCGUAAGCUCCAAAACCUUCACCUACAAUCCAAUGGUCUCAACAGGAUACCUGUACGCACUUUCCUGGAGUGUCGCAACCUGGAGUUCCUGGACCUGGGUUACAAUCACCUACGCACCCUUACCCGCACCACCUUCUUGGGGCUGUUCAAGUUGAAAGAGCUUCAUCUGGAGCAUAAUCAAUUUUCAAGGAUACAGUUUUUUAUUUUUCCACGCCUUAACAAUCUACAGGUCCUCUACUUGCAAUGGAACCGCAUACGAGCCAUCAAUCAGGGCCUGCCUUGGAUCUGGCAUACGCUGCAAAAAUUAGACCUCUCAGGAAAUGACAUCCAGAUCUUGGACCCAGCUGUUUUCCAGUGUAUGCCAAACUUACAGAUACUCAAUCUUGAAUCCAACAAGCUGAGCAACGUGUCUCAGGACACGGUUUCAGCCUGGGUCUCCCUCACCACCAUCAGCCUGGUGGGUAACGCCUGGGACUGCAGCCCUACUAUCUGCCCCCUGGUGACCUGGCUGAAGAACUUCAGAGGCUCAAAGGACAUCAACAUGAUAUGCAGCAGCCCCAAGUCAGUUCAGGGAGACAGAGUAAUCGACAUAGUGAGGAACUACACAAUAUGUGUGGACAUAUCAGUUGUAGACCAAACCACAGCUAUGAUCAUGAGGCAAACCACAGCCUUAGUUGUGGACACCAAAAAGCCCACCACACCUCUCUCUAACACGACCACAAUAACCCAAGGUCUACCUGCAUCAACUGUACAAAGACUCACUCCACAACCUGUCUCUCCCAUUGUGACAGAAAAAGACACAACAGAGUCCAUACUCAUGACCUCCAUCUCUCCAGAAUCCUCCUCAUUUUUCCCAGAACUAGAGUUUGAGCAUAUGGCCUUCCAUAAAAUCAUUGCAGGCAGUGUAGCCCUAUUUCUGUCUGUGUCAUUGAUCCUGCUGGUAAUUUAUGUCUCGUGGAGGCGCUACCCCAAUAGCAUGAGGCAGCUGCAGCAGCACUCAGUCAACCACAAGCGCAGAAAAAAGGCCCGGAAGCAGGAGCUUAACCUUAACUCUCAGUUGCAAGAGUAUUAUUUGACUUACCAUUCAAACUCUGAGACCAUGGAUGCAUUGGUAAAUGAGACAAGGGCCUGCCCCUGCACGAUUUCAGGAUCCAGAGAAUGUGAGGUAUGAUCUGUCAAGUCCAUCUGAAAAACGCACUCUGCCUGGGGGUCAGAGCUAAAUGUUUUCCAUAGGGAUGCACUGUACAGAUCACUGUGUGCAUGGUGACUGACAACUUACAUCCUCUGUUUGACUCUUGUUAUUGUUGUUUUAAAUUAACGUUAUCACAUUAAGAACAAAUUGAUUGAAUGAAUUAAUCCUGUUUGUGAAUAUAAACCUACUUUCUUUCAGCAGGAAAAUAAUCCUGCAGCAACAGGAAAUUUGUAGAUUAUAAUUAAUGGCCAUUUUUGUAGGGGUUGAUACAUUUUUCCUUAGGGCAAAUCAAGUUUUAAGCUAGUAAUAAUAAACGUUAGAAGCUUUUUAAGCCUUGAAUACACUAGAAAUGUGCAUUUCCUGCAGUGCAGGAAAAUUCUCAGCAACAAAAGAGGGAUCAAAUUGAGAUGGCACAUCUGUAUCUGCUGUUGAUUACAGAUUACCCCACUUUUCACAUUUCUUAUCCUUGAGUAAUAUUGAGAUCUUCGUGUUAAUACUUGUAUACAAGUAACUGAUAGACUUUAUGUGUAGUAUUUUCCAAUAUUUAGCUCUUGU